AUGAUAUUAUCCAGCGGAGCGUCGGACGGUAAUCGUCUGAUCGAUUCUUGUGAACAGCUCGGACACCGAUUUGGAUGCACAGCACCGUUUGUUGUGGCAACCGGAGCAAGACAAGGAGUAGUGCCAGGACCCUUGCUGUCUAAUUUCUCCAUCGAAGACAUUAUGCUAGGAACAGUUGAUCAGCGCCCUGCCGACAUCGUCAUAGCACCAUCAGGCCCCUUGACUGAUCUCGGGUUUGCUGACGAUGUUGUUUUUUUCGCCGAAAGCAUUACGAAAGUUCAACAUGGACUACGUCUACGUCCUGAUAAAUGCAAGCAGAUGUGGAUCUCUUUGGGGCCUCGAACGGGAGCGGUGGACGGAUAA